UAAUUCUAUAAUUGCAUAGACUGUUGCAGACCGUAGACAUCCAUUUAUUUAUUUUUAUUCCCUUUUCUUUUUUUCCCUCUCCUUUUCCUCUCUCCUAACUUCUGUUUCCCUCUGUGCAGCCUUUUAACUUUUAGAAGUGUUCCUUUAAUCAGCAUGUGGGUUCCUCACCCCCCAAAGAGUUUUUGCUGCUUUAUUAUUAUCCCUGCAUAUGUUUAGGUGCACAUCUACUAUUCUGCUCUAGAAACAUGAAAUAACUGUGGAGAGAAAAUGAACAAAGGCAAGAUUAAUUUUUUUAAAAGGAAAAGCAACUUUCCAGAUUUAAAAGUAACGUCCCUGCUGUGGAGUUGUUUGUUUCAUGCAUUUUGUUUUUCAGCCAUGCAAAUGAAAUGAGAUGUCAGUUGUGGUAUCGUUAAUCCUUUUAGGGGGACGCUGUUGCAAAGUUGCUUGUAGUAGAGACGGAGAGAAGGAGAUAAAAUCGUAAUUUUUCUCUACCUUAGAAUCUGUAUUCAAACUGUUGAGCCUAUAUUUUUGUUGUUGUUGUUGUUGAAUCCCAAAAUGGUUGACAUUAAAGUAAAACUUUCAAACAUGCAUACGUGAUUUAGGAGCCUAAAACCUAUUUUCUAAGGUGACUUAUGUCCCACUUAUUAGGAGCCUAAGUCCCACUGACUUUCUGCCAAAGUGUUAUGUGCUUUUGAGACAUGAUUGCAAGACACUUGAAUUAUGAUAGAUGAGGUUUUCCUAAUAAGACUUAAAGAAGUAAACACAGAGCUAUUGCAGAUUGGUGAGCAGAACAGAAUGGGUUAAUGCUGGGGAGAGCUAGACACUGGCUUCUAUUCAGGGAGAGCUAGACACUGGCUGUUUUGAAUGGAUUCCCAAUAUAGGACCUGAUCCUAAAGUCCAUUGAAGUUAAUGGAAAGGCUCCCAUUGAUAUCAGUGAGCUUUGGAUCAAGCUCCUAGUGGUUGGCAAGAGCAAGGAUGGUUCUAAGGAAAUGGGAAACACAGAGUUUUGUACUAAAUAUCCAUUUUUCUCUCUCUCUCCCUAGCUGUGACAUGACUAGGCUUUUGCUCUUUUCAUUCAUCAUGGUGAUCAUUUACCAAAACGGGACUUUUGGUAAACCUGUUUAUGGGGACUUAGCAUCCACUCAGCUGGUUGAUUUUUCAGAUGCUGAAUAUCCAGUCAGUGACACACAAGCCAAGAGGAACUCCUAUCAGAUGAGCCAAGACGCCAAUAGUCCCAAUUCUGCAGAGCAGUCCAGCCUCUGCUAUUUCAUCCAGGAGAGUGAGAUUGAAAGUCAGAUCUCCUGCAGACUGCGAUUCACCAGGAGCAAGUUUAAUUUUAACCCUUUCGGACUUCGGUUUGGGAAAAGGCAACAGGGCAGCUUGGCCAGCAAAAGGGAUCCAAUCACUUUGAGCAGCAUCAAAAAGUUACCAUCCCUAUUAAAGUUCAAACUAAACCAAAUGGUGCCCCGGUGUGGAGACUUUGGGGAGCAGGAUUGUUAAAUGCACAAAAUCUGUUCUAAGAAUGGUGCCCAGCAUUUUCCAAAGUAGUUAGUGAUUUUGGUGAAUUGUGCAUCACCAAACCUGAGAUAUCAAAAGGGACCCACUUUUCAGAGGACGGGUGCUCUGUACUUUCUGAAAUUCAGGCCCCUAUAAGGUGUCUCAAGUUGUGCACACAGAAAUUGAGACAUAGAAAAUCACUCAUUACUUUGGAAAACAUAGGCCUAUAUAGGUAUAAGUACAUAAUUUGUCUUUUAAAACAUGAUUUUCCAGUUGAUGUCUGAUAUUAGUGAGAAAAAGACAGUUGCAACUCCAGUGCAAUACUGUUGUGCCUGUCUUCCCUAUUGUACUAUGCCACAUCCACCUGCAAGACAUAACUUACUAUUUAUUUAUUUAUUUCAGUCAGCAAAACAUUUGUAUUAUAUUUAUAUACCACUGAGGAUUUUUCAGCGUUGUGACUUCAAAUGUUACAUCAUUCCUUAUCUACGAAUCGUGAUCACAAUAAAGUGACUGAAAUGCUACUGCCCUAA